AUGCCGUGGGUCAAGGGCCACGUGUUCCAGGGUCAGGUCGUACUUCCCGGCACAUCCUACAUCUCGGCGAUCACAGCAGCCGUCAAGGCUCUCGCAGGCGCAUCGCCUGUGAGGCUGGUCGAGUUGUGCGAUGUCGUACUACACAGGGCUGUCGUGCUGCGGGAAAAUAACCCUUGCGAGUUCAUGACCGACCUGCACCUUGUGCUGAAGGGGCCGCAUCUGCUCUCGGCCGAGUUCUCCUUCUCGGCAGCCCAGUCAGACUCGGACGCGACACCCGAGAUGACCUGCAGUGGCCGCCUGGAGGUACACCUGGGCCGGGACGAGGACGAGGACGGUGCCGAACAAGGAGAAGCGCUGCUGCCGUCGCCGAGCCAACCGCCGCCCAACCUCAGCCCAGUCGACGUCGAGCUUUUCUACUUGUCUCUAAAGAAGGUUGGUUUGGCCUUUAGUGGACUCUUCCGCGGCACCAAGUCGGCCCAGAGGUCGCUUGGCUACGCCUCCACGUCGGCGUCGUGGGAUGAUGCGGACGACGGCAUCGUGGAGGGCGUGACGAUGCGGGCCAUGGCCGACCAUGCAAGUUCCGCCGAUGGCGGCUGUGUGCUGUUCUCGCACGUCAAGUGGGACAGCGACUUGUCGACGGGCGUUGACAAGGUCGUUCUCGAGAAAGAAACACCCGAGCAAGUUGACGGCGACGGCGACGAUGGCCAUCUGGGUGAUGCCAUGGGCCGGACGGCGCUGUACUACUACCGCACGAUGCUGAAGGAACUAUCGCCCGGCGAGAUCAGCAGUUCGACGUGGCAUCACCGCAUGUUCGUACAGUCGGCGCAGCACUGGGUCGACGAGGUCGGCGCAGGACGCCACCCGACGGUCAAGAGCGAGUGGCUCGAUGAUACGAAAGAGGUCGUGUGGCAGGGCUCACAGCGGUUCCAGGACCGAAUCGACAUGGUUCUCAUGCGAGCGGUGGGCGAGAAUCUGACAUCCAUCAUCCGUGGCGAGAAACAGCCGCUCGAGGUCAUGAUGGAGGACGACAUGCUCACGCGCUUCUACGUCGACGGCCACGGGCUCGGCCUGAUGAAUGACCACAUCGCUCGGGCGGUCGGCCAGGUUGCUCAUCGCUACCCGCGGGCCAACAUCCUCGAGAUUGGCGCGGGCACCGGAGGCACGACGCAGAAGGUGCUGCGGACCGUCGGCAACGCCUACGGCCACUACACCUUUACAGACGUGUCACCGGGCUUCUUCGAGCGGGCGGCCGAUAGGUUUUCGGACCAAGUCCGACGGCGCCGUAUGACGUUCCAGGUGCUGGACAUUGAAAAAGACAUCGUGUCGCAGGGCUUCCCCGAAGGCGCCUACGACGUGAUAGUGGCGGCCAACGUCCUACACGCGACGAAGCACCUGCAAGACACGAUGCGCCAGGUGCGCCGUCUCCUGAAGCCGGGCGAGUACCUGGUCAUGAUGGAGAUCACGGGCGACCUGCUGCUCGGCGACGAGGGCCGAAAGUGGGCCCCCGGCAUCCCGUCCGCGCAGUGGGACGAUCUGCUGCGGCGGACCGGCUUCUCGGGGGUUGACCACAUCGCAUCGGACAGCCCGGUACCCCAGCACCACUAUUUGUCCAUGCUGGUGGCGCAGGCCGUCGACGACCGCGUCGACCUGCUGCGCCGUCCGUUGUCAAACCUGGCCACGCUCCCGCCGCUGGCUGACGUCGCCAAGCUGCUGAUCAUCGGGGGCGACACGCCGGCCGUGGCCCGGCUGGCGCGAGGCUUGAAGAGCGCCCUCGCCCCAUGGUCUGGCACGACCAUCGAGAUAACAUCCAGUCUUGACCGGCUCGCCGUUGGCAGUCUGUACGAGGAGCGCGUGUCGGCCAUCAGCCUCACCGAACUCGACCAGCCCCUUUUCGGCCACGACAAUUUCAUGACGGCGACGAGAUUGCAAAGCCUCCAGACCUUCCUGCAGAGGGCCCGGUCGGUCCUGUGGGUGACGGCGGGUUGCAGAGGGCCCAACCCGCAGGCCAACAUGUUCGCCGGCAUCGCGCGAGCCGUGCGGGCCGAGCAGCGCGACAUUAACUUGCAGCUUCUGGAUAUCACAUGGACCCCCAAGGACGAGGGCUCAAACCCCACUGUUGCUAUUGCCGAGGCUUUUGUCCGUCUGGCAGUGGCCGGCCAGCGAGGGUUUGUCGACGCGUCGGAUCGCCAGCCCAUGCUGUGGACGACCGAGACCGAGCCCGCCCUCGACGCCGGCUCUUUACUGAUCCCGCGCCUUGUCCCCGACGAUGCCAUAAACGACCAAUACAAUGCCGCGCAGCGAGUAAUCGUCAGGCAUAUCGAUGCGGCAGGAGGAGCAGGCGCAGACUGGGAUUUCGAGGUCGAGAGCACCGAUGACGGCAUCUUGUCGCUAACUGGGCUCGAGCAUGCUCUGUCACGUUGCUUGAUGCGGGCUCGUGCUUCCAGCUCGAACGGACCGGUAGUCUUGAUGGACGUACAGCUUUCUGUGGCACUCCUUGACCCGGAGCAUCGACACUUUCUCUGCUACGGCUCCAUCAUCGCCGCCGGGUCGACCCCGUGUAACAUGAGCAGCGCCUUUGCCGUGACCCAGUCCAACGCGUCUGUCGCACUUGUCCAUGUCGAUGGCGCGAUCCCCUUCACUUAUGGCGGCGAUUCGCCAUCUGGGCCAUCGGCUCCUCGCUACCAAGCCAGCAGACUCCUUGAGGCUCUUGCUGGACAGCUCGUGGCACGCAGUCUCGCCCCACGAGUGCCCCGGCGUGGGUCUGUCCUGCUCUACGAGCCAGCCGAGACCUUGGUUCGAGCCAUUGCAGGCUGCCGGUUGUGGAGAGGUCGCCAAGUCUACUGCAUGACCUCUUCAUUGCAGGCAACGGCCCUUCCGAAAGGCUGGAUCCCGAUCGAUGCCCGCGCCCUCGACUCGUUGGUGCGACAGACAAUACCGGGCGAUGUCGCUGCCAUGAUUGACUUCUCGGCACAAGAAGCCGGCAUGAAGCGGGAUUUCCGGCCAUGCCUACCUGCUGACUGUGUCGUGAUCCGCUUCGAGCCGGCUUUCCUCGAGACAGAUGGCGAGGCGCUGGGCCAUGCAUACGCCGACGCCCUUGGCCUCGUUGACAGCGAGGCCGCCGCCGGCUCGGACCGUGAGGUGCGCAUGGUUCUAAGAGACGCCCUUCCGGGACGCCAAUCGUCUGCCGCAGCAUAUCCCUCCAUCAUCGACUGGCAUGCGCAGGACAGUCACGUCAGGGUUGGAAGCACCAGCACCAAGGUCCCGGUCCAGGUGAAACCCUUGAGCACGACCGGCAUCUUCUCGUCUUCGAAGACGCACCUUAUGGUCGGCCUGAACGGUGAUCUUGGACAGUCGAUCUGCGGCUUCAUGGCACGAAACGGAGCCCGUCACAUCGCAAUCACCAGCCGAGGCGGCGAUGUGAAUCCCGAGUGGCUCGAGACGAUGCAGAGGCAAGGGAUCAACGUCGGUGUGUAUGGCAUGGAUGUCACUAACAAGGGAAGCAUUCGUGCGGCCCUCGAGCAGAUGCGCAUUAACGUCAUGCCGUCCGUCGGGGGCGUCGCCAACGGGGCGCUUGUCCUCCGCGACAAGCUGUUCCUGAACAUGGACGCCGAUAGCUUUAACGACACGCUGAGGCCCAAGGUGGAUGGAUCGCGGAACUUGGACGAGCUUUUCGGUGAUGAGCUUGAUUACUUUGUGUUGUUCUCAUCACUGGCCACUGUUGCCGGCAAUGCCGGCCAGUCCAACUACCACGCGGCCAACAUGUUCAUGGCCGCCGGGCUGGCUGCGAACCGGCGCGCAAGGGGUCUGCCGGCCUCGGUCAUGCAUGUGGGUGUCUUCGCCGACGCCGGCUACGUCACGCGCCAGGGCCGCCAGCUGCUGGAGCAUCUCCGCAAGCAGUUCUUUAUGCCGACCUCGGAAUCCGACGCCCACCAGCUAUUCACCGAAGCUGUUCUCGCCAGCCCUCCUGACUCCGGGUUGCCCUCCGACAUCUGCAUGGGCCUGGAGCCGUUUCCGGAUCGCCCGGACGAUGCCGAACUCUCGAGGCCAUCGUGGGUUAGCGAUCAUCGACUGUCGCACUUCGUCUUGCUCCGGCCUGAUGAAGACCAACAAGCAGCCGGCUCGAAGGGGGGGGUUAAUGACGGCAAAGCCCCGCCCCUCAGUCAGAGAAUAGACGGCACCGGGUCAGCACAGGAGGCCGAGGCCACGCUGCAAGAUGCCUUCUCGGCCAAGCUUGAGACCUUGUUGCAGCUCGACGCCGGGUCUAUCAAUGUGCACGCACCACUCCUCGACCUCGGCUUUGACUUUCUGCUGGCGGUGGAAACGCGUUCAUGGUUCCUAAAAGAGGUCUCGGUCGACGUUCCCGUCCUCCGCUUACUCGGAGGAGAAACGAUCCACGAAAUCUGCGCCGACGCGGCUGCCCAGUACCUCUCCUUCCGCAGCACCAACGGCUCGGACACAGGCGAGGGCGCGGAUACCAACGCCAGUCUAACCAGCAAGACGGACAAUUCCGAUGGCCCAGUAGCUUCAUCACUUAGCUCUUCGCCAUCGAUCGCAACCCCGCCCCCGACAAGCAGCUCAACAACGUCAACGCGUGCGUCUCUUGAUUUGCCGAGUGCCCAAGAAGAUCUGAAGCCAGAGGCACCUUUACUCAAGGACGAGACUGAGGGGGGUCAUGAUACGCAUUCAGGCACCAAUGUUCAGACGCAGUCUCGUCAACUCCCCGAGAAGCGAUUGAGGAAUACGUCCAGAGUCGAGAGGCUAUCUUAUCUGCAAUCUAGGCUCUGGUACCUCGGAAAGGCUCUAGACGACUCGGCGGCUAGUAACAUUGCCGUCUGCUACACCAUCACGGGGCCGCUCGAUGUUGCGAGGCUGCGCGAGGCACUCGUCAACGUCGUUGCCCAUCACCCGUCACUGCGGACCUGUUUCUAUACAGACGACGAAACGGGUGAGCUGACUCGGGGACUUUUGCGCCAACCGCUGACCUCCGCCCUGCUUCUCAAGCAAGUCCGAGCGGUCACGCGUGCUGACGGAGUCAUCGAUCGAGAGUUCAGCGCACUGAAGAAGCAUGAGUGGGACCUGGAGUAUGGUGAGACCUUCGGCGCCACGUUGGUGCACGUAGAGGACGAUGAUUCAUACGUUGCCAUCUUCGGCUACCCCCUCAUCGUUAUAGACGGCGUCAGCUGGUCCAUAUUUCUGCGUGACCUCGGUCGGGCGUAUUCCAUGCAGCCACUGAGCCGGCAGGCCAAGUUAUGCAUAGACGCGGCGGCCGAGCAGAGGCGAGCUGUUGAGUCCAUGUCGGGCGCCAUGCAAGAAAGCGUGUCAUACUGGGAAAGAUUACAUACAGAGCUGCCUCAAGCGUUGCCGUUCCUCCCUUUUGCUUCUGUUACACGUCGCCGGCCGUUGCGACGCUACGAGGUUCACAAAAGCAUCCGGAAUGUCGAUGGCCAUCUUGUGGCAAAGAUCAAGGACGUCAGCAGGGCUCUACGCGCUACACCGUUCCACUUCUACCUCGCCACCGCGCAGGCCCUCUUUGCAAAGCUGCUUCCCGACCUCGCCGAGAUCUGCAUCGGUGUCUUCGACGCCAAUCGCCCCGAGGAUGGCAGCCUCGCCGAUAUUAUCGGCUACUUUGUCAACGUGCUGCCUCUGCGCUUCCGCCUGGACGACAAGCGACAAGCGCCCUUUGCCGAAAUGGUUCGCCAUACGUCAACGCGAGAACUCGAAGCGCGCCGCCAUGGCCACGUCCCGUUUGACGUGAUCCUAGACCGCCUCAACGUGCUGCGUGAUGACUCCGUCAGCCCACUGUGCCAAGUCGCCUUCAACUACCGCGUUGGAGCCAUGGCGGACGUGGCUCUGGGAGACUGCCGGCUGUCGUUGGACAACUAUAGCGACGUUCAGAACAACCGUUACGAUCUCAGUUUCGGCCUCUUCGAGUCCGCGGCCGGAUCGUAUUCGGUUACGGUCACUUGCAAGAGCUACCUGUACAGCUGGGACGCCACCGAGGCCCUGAUAGGCGCGUAUGUCUACUUGCUCGAUACCUUGGCCUCGGACGCCUCGCGGACACUCUCCGAGUACACCUUGUCUGGAGCAGCGAUCGAAACUCUGGAGGGCAUCUCACUUGGCGAAGAGCAACACAAAGCUUAG